AUGAGUAAAGUAUAUGAUCUUUACAUUCACUUACUUGUGAAACAAUAACAAAGUCCUAUGAUUUCAACAAUAUCUAAGUAUGAACCAUCAGGUUUCAAGGAUGAUAGCAAUCCAUUGAGUAUGGCCAAUAAAGUUAGAGUGAUGAGAUACAGAUCAGAUAAAUUAUUAUUGCCAGAUACCAUUCUCCAACAUUAUAUCAACUAAUUUAUACACAAUAGAUAAUUGUUUAUACUAUUUCUAAGAUAAUUAACAUCCCCCAUAUUAGAACAUGAAUUAUCGGAUUAAUAAUAGAUAGAGAAUAUUAUAUAAUAAAUUGAAUUAGAUAGCAUUCUAUUCUAAUAGUUGAAUUUAUGGUCUAAUAUAUUUCAAUUAACUCAUCAAUAACUCCAAUCCUUAUUUUUAUUUUAAAACAUGAGUGACUACUUAAAUUUUCUUUAAGAGUUCCAAUUAAACUAGUUGCAAAGGUUCUAAAAUAUUGAUCUAUCGAAUACCAAAACAAAUGAGGAAAGUGCCAAAAUUGAAGAAACUCAAAUUGUCUAUGUAAAUGAUAUGUAUGAAAAUCACUACAAACCAAGUAGCAAGAAGAAACUUGCAUCUUUUACUCAUAGGAAUGAAUUGAGUGAGUCUGAACAAAAUUAAAUACUAAAAAUAAUUCAAAAAAAGAAAUUAGGUUCUAUAAGAGAUAUAUUUAAUACUAUCAUCACAUAAUUUGAUCUUAAGCCAAAAAUAGAAUUUAAUGAAUAAAAUGGACAAUGGAUAUGCUGUAUUGAAAUCAAAGAGAUUUAAUCUAAGUAGAGUACUUAGAAUAAAAGUCAAUCUUUGAUAUGCUCCUAGAUCCACAUGAUUAAAUAAUUAUGUCCAAUCGUAUUUGAUUAUAUAAUAGAGAACUCAAAUCAAAAUAUUGAUUAAAUUAAGAGCAACAAAGGCAUCAUAAAUCUAGGAUUACCUAUAUCCAAAAGUAAUAAACUAAUGCCAGAAGAAGAUUAUUUAAAGUAAUUACCAUACUGCUACGAGAUGAUUGAAAACUAUAUUGCGAAUAAAAACAACAAUGAGACUUGUUCAAUUAGAAAAUUGUAAAAUGAAGUAAUCACCUACUUAAUUUAAAAAUAUAAUUAAUUUGCAAUUAACAAAUAAUUGUUAAGUGUUGCUUCAACCUAUGAAUUGAAUAUGACAUUUUUGGAGAAUGAUUCAUUGUAAUCCAUUUAAAAGACCUUUACAACAAAAUUACGAUUCUGUAAUGCAAGAUUGAUUGGAUAAUAAUAUAUAAUAAAUGUAAUUGGAAAUUUGAUUUUCGGAGAGGAGGGAUCCAAAUAAUUUGAUAAUAUUAAUUAAUUUUUGUUAUAAAUCUAAUGA